UUUCUUUGCCUCGUUUUUUCCUUGUUCAGAUUUGACUUUGCGUGACUAAUUUUUCUUCUAAAAAUGGUAUCUCCAGGUAUUCGUUACUCGAUGGACGUAUGCGCAGACGAAGUCAAGGCCCUGUCGGCGCUCAUGACGUUCAAAUGCGCUGUAGUCGACGUGCCUUUCGGCGGAGCCAAAGCCGGCAUCAAAAUCAAUCCCCGCGAAUAUUCCGAGGAAGAAUUGGAGAAAAUCACGCGUCGAUUCACCCUGGAAUUGGCCAAGAAGGGAUUCAUCGGACCGGGCAUCGACGUGCCGGCCCCGGACAUGGGCACUGGAGAGCGAGAAAUGUCUUGGAUCGCUGACACGUAUGCCAACACAGUCGGACACCUUGACAUCAACGCCCACGCGUGUGUCACAGGCAAACCCAUCAAUCAGGGUGGGAUUCACGGCAGAAUUUCCGCUACUGGACGAGGCGUGUUCCACGGGCUGGAGAACUUCAUUAUGGAGGCCUCGUACAUGAGCAUGAUUGGAACGACACCUGGUUGGGGCGAGAAAACAUUCAUUAUUCAGGGAUUCGGUAAUGUAGGCUUGCACACCAUGCGGUAUCUGCACAGAGCGGGCGCCACAUGUAUUGGAAUAGUGGAGCAUGACGGUGCCAUUUUUAAUCCUCACGGAAUCGAUCCUAAAGAGCUGGAGAACUACCACAUAGAGAACAAGACCAUCGUGGGCUUCCCUGCUGCUCAGGCGUACGAAGGUGGUCAGGAUCUCAUUUUUGAAAAGUGCGACAUCUUUGUGCCGGCUGCUAUUGAACAAGUCAUCACCAAGGACAACGCACAUAGGUUGCAGUGCAAGAUCAUUGCCGAAGCUGCCAACGGUCCGACGACUCCAGCAGCGGACAAAAUUUUGUUGGAAAAGAAUAUUCUCGUCAUUCCGGACAUGUAUGUGAAUGCUGGUGGUGUGACAGUCUCGUACUUUGAAUGGCUGAAGAAUCUGAAUCACGUUUCAUACGGGAGACUGACUUUCAAGUAUGAGAGAGAAUCAAACUACCACUUGCUGGGU